UGGCAGUAAGGUAUAAAUAUUCCUCAGAAGUUUUUCAGCUGCAGUGUAAAUGUAUGUCUGUGUUUUUGUGUCGGUGUGGGGGGAAGACAGCGUCUGAAUAUAUUUAUGAGAAACCUACUGAACUAAGUUAUUUUGCACUAAGUAAUAUUUAAGGAAAACGGCACACUGUCACCAUGGUCGCCACAAGCACGUUAAAGACCAAAAGCAGCGAUUGCUUUUCAGAAUUGGUGGAUAGAAGAUAUGACCAGGCUUGCAUUGAAAAAGAACUAGAUUUCUGGGAUAACUGCGUGGCUGAACCCCAGAGGACUGCAGAUGUCACUGAAGACAGAACCUGUCAACAGCUGGCCAAAAUGUUUGAAAACUGCCUGUCACGAGCCAAGAAGACGACCCUGCACUGCUCCUCUGUGCUGGUACCAGAGAAGCUCACGCAGAGAAUAGCUCGUGAGGUCCUGCGGCUGGCGUCCUGCGAGCCCUGCGGCCUGCGGGGCUGCGUCCUCUACGUCCACCUGGACCUGGACAAGGGCUGCAAGCGGCUGGAGCGAAUCGUGUACGAUGCCACAUUGGUGCCCACCUUUGAGCUGACUCUUGUGUUCAAGCAGGAUGGCACCGCCUGGCCCAGCCUGCGGGACUUCCUGUUUAUGGGAACCUGCUUUGCCCCGACCUUCAGACACAUAAUCAAACUGAGUCCAGGUUUUCGGCUCGUCAAGAAAAAACUGUACUCCUCCUCGGCUGGCACCAUUGUAGAGGAGUGCUGAACUAUAUAUAAAUAUUGGGUUUCCCGUGGGUAAAAGCACUUCUGCCCAAAUGUACAUGACACUCCAGUGGUGUCAAAUUUUCUAGUGUUUUUGUACAAUACACUUUAGUUAAAGACACUAGUCACUUUGUUGAAGGUCUGUGUGUUUCCAGAUACACUGAAUAUGUUCAGCAGCUGUAAACGCACCUGGGCACUAUGAAUAGGAGGCCGAAGUUAAGUCUUUGGGGGCCAUGUUUGUAGCUUGUGGUGUAAUGCUGUAUUUAUGGCUGCGGAUGUUUUUAGGACUGAUCGUCUUGUGAAGAUGCUGCUGUCCUGGUGUGGGCUUCUCGCACUAGGGGAAUGUGGAUGCCUUAAAUGUCAGAGAAAUGCACUUUUUUUUUUCACUUGGAGCUGUGUGUAUAGUGUUAACGUUUUAUUGCUUUUUUAUUUUUAUACCCCCUUCUGAAACAUUUUCUUUUCAAUGCAGCGCCUUUAUAGAUUAUUAAAAGGUUGGUUCAACCAAACGUGAAAGCUUCUUUGAUUAUGUGUUAAUUCUUUAACCUGUGCAGAGCAGUUACUCCAGGUCCAGUUUGUAAUGUGAGAUUUUUUACGAGUUCCCUACUGUGUUUUUUUUUAAACUGCCUCCUAUUGAAGGAAAUCAUGUUUAAUUGACAUUGAACAUGUAAACCUUAUUUUACAUAUACUUCAUGUAAUUGUUUUAUUUAACUACAACAGUUAUGCAACACAGGCUUCUAAAUUGAAGACACCGUUGUCCUGGUAUGACAAAAUGAGUUUCAGCUUCAGAGGGAAAACUAGCACACUUAUCAGACCCUUUUUUGUCUGUAAAAGUGUCUCUAAACAUUUCCAUCUAUAGAUUCUUGGAUAUUUCAAUGCUCCUGGCAACAUUUGUUUGAUUUUGAGUCCUUACACUUACCAUCAUUAAUAUUGUAUUGAUCUGUCUGCUCCUGCAGGGCCUUUUGAAAACAUUGUUUGGUGUCAGCAGCAGUUUGUGUUACAUAAGCACAUCAGCUGCUUGUGGUGUGAACCUGCACAGCCUGUGUGACAUUUCUCUCUUGGUCUUUAAUGGCGGCCAGGGUCUCCAUAGUGAUCUGUCGGGCCUCAGCUAAAUGAGAUUCAAAUAAACUAAACAUUGUGAUA